AUGCUGGCCCUGACAGCCACCCACAUCCGUCAGCAGGUCCCAGCUCAUCGUCCGCAUCGUAUUGCCGAAUUGUUUCACAGGUCACUAGCCCUCGAAAAAUAUAGAGAGCAACUUCAAGCAUUAAAGCAUGUGCCGGAUCAAAACGGCGUGAACUCGCUGUUCAUCAGCGCCACGUUCCUCAAUCUGUUGACGUUUGCACACCAUGAAUCUGAAGGGCUUCCUACCCAGAAGACCAAGGAUCCUGAGUCUUCUUGGUUAUUCAGUCCACGGGAGGACCGAUUAAACUGGCUUGUACUGCAAACUGGUCUUCGUCCGCUCAUGCUAUCUAUGAAUGAGUACUUCACAGAGGGCGUCAAAUUCGCUAGCAUGGUCUUCACUGGCAAAUACACAGAUCGUUGGACAUUCGCUCAUCUUAUUGAGAGCCUGGAGGGUGUCCCUGAUCAUUGGGUCGAGUUUUUCGGACUAGUAUCCUCGAACAGAGGUUGCGAAUGCAGCGGGUUAGGUGACGCAUAUCGUGCCCCAGCCACCAUUCUCGCAACCGUGGGACAUCUUGAGCUCAGCAGGUAUAAUUUAUUCCGGAACUUGUUGUUUCUUGGAAAGUUGCAAGGAGAUUUCCAUUCCCUUGUCUAUCAACGAGACGAACGAGCACUGUGGCUCUUUGGCUAUUGGCUAGCUAUUAUGCUGAGGUAUGGCCUUUGGUGGUGUGAAAGCCGCGCCAAGCAGGACCUCGAAGCUAUAUGGAAAUGGCUACAUAUGCGACGACUCGUGCAUAAGCAGGGUCGCGAGGGGGAGUUGUGGACGAUCAUGCUGGAGGAGCUCGAGGAUAUGAAGAAAUUCUCCUUGUCUUAA